GGCGUUACAAUUUAUAAGCAGAUUAAGGGGUAUCAAGAUGGAUUCAAGACCAUCGACAAGUUAGGACUGUGGAGCUUGGGCAACAGAGAUCAACGUUUCCAGUAUUCAAAACAAACGUCCAAGAGUACGUUUCGCACUACCAGUAAGAUAUAUGGGUCGAAGUCCUGGUCUUCGCGUAAACUGACGUGACGACGCGGUUGACUUGCCUCGUGGCCGGUGCACAUGACCGGCAAAGUUCAAACCAUCCUGGCGGGUACUACUACUGCUGGGACAGUUGAGCCAGUCAAUCUACAUACCUUCAACACCACACAAGGCAGGUCUUUUCUGUAUCACUACUCGUACGUUCAGGCAAUGUCUGCAAGAUCCACCUGGAGCCAGUGUUCCUGCUGUUCAGCUUCUUGGGCUGCAACGGCACCGUCUUUUUACCAGGACCAUAUCUUACCUGUUCCUUCAUCUUCAAAAUCGAGAACAAACCUUUACACCACUUCAGUAUCAGCAUCUUGGGGUCGUAGCCACGGGUGCGACGUGCUUAUGGCGUGCGGCGCCGUUGCGGAACCUCUGGCCCCUAAUAACAUGGACAGAGCUCACGGCGCGAGUUGGAAAUUAGAGCUGGAGGGACACUCCUCAACUACCCUUCUUCUGUCGCGAUCGGUCUCCCCAGAUCACCUCGAAGCCCAGCCUCACGACGACUUUGAGUGCGCCUUGCCCCAUCACAGCUCUAGUAUCCCCCAUCGUUUGGGAGAGGGAACGCGUUGCUCUCCAUAUCUCCUGGAUAAACCUGGUGAUAGGAUUGCUCGACAUACGCAGAAACUUCGUUUGCGUACUGCAGCAAUAUUACAAUCUCUGCCAGCCACGGUGGAAGACACACUACCCCCUGUCACGUUGCGUCGUGAAGAUCUUGUACAGCAUGAUGAUCAGCGUGUCAGCCGAGGGUCCCUCCACUCAUCUAGGAAGCUUAGGAGAGUCUCGGGGCAGACGAACUUGCGUGACAAUUUCUGUCAAGGGAUAUCUUUCCAUCGAGACAUGACAGACAAGUCUUCUAUUGAUAAAUCUGCAUCGCCCCCUUAUCCGUGGUUUUGCAUACCUGUGCUCUCUUCAUCUGAUACUCUUGUGGAGUCCAACGCGUCUUGCUACUCUGCCACAGCGGAGAGGUCGAAAUGCAAAGAUUUGUACUCAAAUCUAUCGUCGGACUCUUCACCGCAACUUUUCUUACCGUCAGCAUCAAAUCCGCAUAUGCUGUCAACCCGCCAAGAUCUGCUUAGUAGCAGAGUAUUCUCUUCCUCGCCAUCACCUCAUUUACAUGUGCGGAAUAGUCCCAGUUCCCCUCUGGUGCCAUGUGACAAGUUCGGCAUUGUUUCCGUGGACGACCCAUUGUGGUCAUGUGCCAAAAUCACCCGCUCAGCAACAAAACGCGAAGUCCGACGCGCAGCUUUGCGAAAAACAAGCCGUUUUACGUCUCGGCCGUCCAUACUUGGCACCAUCACUCGCUUCCGAAGAUCUGAACAAUAGACGCAAAGUAACAGCCAGGUUUUGGCUGCCCUCGCGAGCUUCACGAUCCCUACUUAAGUUUUCACUGAUUCACACUCCUUGCGUGCAGUCUUCGCUUCCUUUCUCUCUUUCCUCUGGUCGCUU